AUGGUGGGCGCCGGUGCCCCCCCGCUCGAUGACUUCAACAUCAACGGCAGCUCGCAGCCGAAGAAGGUCGCCUACUUCUACGACUCGGAUGUGGGCAACUACGCCUAUGUCGCCGGCCAUCCCAUGAAGCCGCACCGCAUAAGGAUGACGCACAGCUUGAUCAUGAACUUUGGUCUCUACAAGAAGGUUGAAAUCUACCGUGCGAAGCCCGCGUCCAAGUUCGAGAUGACGCAGUUCCACACCGACGAGUAUGUCGAUUUCCUGCAGAAGGUCACCCCGGACAACAUGGACAACUUUGCCAAGGAGCAGAGCAAGUUCAAUGUCGGCGACGACUGUCCUGUCUUUGAUGGCCUGUUCGAAUACUGUGGUAUCAGUGCCGGUGGUAGCAUGGAGGGUGCCGCACGUCUCAACCGGGGAAAGUGUGACGUCGCUGUGAACUGGGCCGGUGGCCUCCACCACGCCAAAAAGAGCGAGGCCAGUGGAUUCUGCUACGUCAACGACAUUGUGCUCGGUAUCAUCGAGCUCCUCCGCUUCAAGCAGCGCGUUCUGUACAUCGAUAUCGACGUCCACCAUGGCGACGGUGUCGAGGAGGCGUUCUACACGACUGACCGCGUUAUGACCGUGUCCUUCCACAAAUAUGGCGAAUAUUUCCCCGGGACUGGAGAGUUGCGCGACAUUGGUGUUGGCAACGGCAAACAUUACGCCGUCAACUUCCCAUUGCGCGAUGGCAUCACCGAUGAAACAUACAAGGGCAUAUUCGAGCCUGUUAUCAAAGCUGUUAUGGACUGGUACAGACCAGAGGCCGUUGUUUUGCAAUGUGGAGGUGAUAGCUUGUCUGGCGAUAGGUUGGGCGCCUUCAAUCUCAGUAUGAGAGGGCACGCAAACUGCGUCAGGUUCGUGAAGAGCUUCAAUCUUCCGACCCUCGUCCUCGGCGGAGGCGGAUAUACUAUGCGCAAUGUCGCGCGCACUUGGGCAUUCGAGACGGGCCAACUCGUUGGCACAGAGUUGGGGCCUCAGCUUCCGUACAACGAUUAUUUCGAUUAUUUCGCUCCCGAUUUCGAACUCGAUGUCCGCCCUUCGAACAUGGAUAACGCUAACUCGCCAGAGUACCUUGAGAAAAUCCGCAUUCAAGUUAUCGAGAAUAUUAAGCGCACCGCGUUUGCUCCAUCUGUGCAGAUGACAGAUGUCCCAAGAUCGCCGCUUAUGGCUGGCAUGGACGACGAGGCAGAGGAUGAAAUGAACGACUUGGACGAGGAUGAGCACCCGGAUUCCAGGUACACCCAGCGCCGUUGGGACAAGCGGGUGGAAAAGAACGGAGAACUCAGCGAAAGCGAGGACGAGGCCGAGAAUGAAAGGCAGGGCGUGCGAAAGCAACCUGGGGCUAGGAAGCGCAGGAUGAACAUCAUGGACUACCAAAACGCGAACGCCGUGGACGGUGACGACACUCCUAGGCCUAGUAGCGCAAAUGGUGCUGCAGCAAGCAACACCAGCGCUCCUGACACAGGGAAAUCUUCGAGGCGCGCAAGCCCUGCGGCAGCUGCUGAAGCAAGUGCUAGCCAGCCUGCCUCGGCUAUUCAAUCCCCCACUUCCGCCACAGCUGAGCCAAGAGCAGCACAAGCACCAGAUGCUGAUGGUGACGUUGAUAUGUCCAGCGCUGCCGAAGCUCCCGCCGCGGCCACCGAGGAAGUAGAGGCAACGGCUUCCUCUGCAGCAGAGGAGCCUUCUACCGCCCUCACGCCUCCCGAUUCUCCACCGGCGACAGCACCAGCGACUAGUGCGCCAGCAGCUGAAGCGACCUCUGCAACGACUGAGCCCGAAGAAGUACCGCCUGAGCCCAAGGUCGAACCCGAGACUGAACAGCCAGCCUCUGCUCUUGUCGGGGGCAGCCUGGCCACACAGCCCGGCACAGCGGCGACUGCAGACACCACGGCCGAGGAUGUUGAGAUGGACGAUGCUGAGGCGGGGGUGCAAAAGGAGGAGGGACUUAAGGAGAGACAAGAAGAGGAGGUCAAGGGCGAAGCUGCAAUGAAGGCUGAAGCGGAAGCUGAGGCCUCUUGA